CCUAAACAAGGAAGGAGAAAGGAAGAUUGGAUUUGAUGACGCGCAAGAGUAGGAAUCGGAAACUUCUGUAUACCCAUCAAACACUCAUUGCGCAAAUUUAGCUCAAAAAAAACAUUAAAAUAAAACAAAAAACACACUCUCUUUCUCUCUUUUCUUUCUCUUUCUCUUUCUUCUUCAUUCUUCAAUCUUCAACCUCUCUCUUGUGGAAUUCACGAUGAACAGGUCUCAAGAUCAAAGGUCAAGACCUGCAAAACCAGCCACAAUUCAUUCAUGUGCUCUUUCAGGUGACCUCAUUGGUCUUCAGAAGCUACUUCGUGAUAACCCUUCUCUUCUCAAUGACAAAAACCCUGUUAUGGCACACACACCUCUUCAUGUUUCUGCAGGAAACAAUAGGGCUGACAUAGUUAAAUUUCUUCUUGAGUGGCAAGGAUCAGAGAGGGUUGAGAUAGAGGCUAAGAAUAUGUAUGGAGAAACUCCACUGCACAUGGCAGCAAAGAACGGAUGUAGUGAAGCCGCGCAGCUGCUUCUUGCACACGGCGCUUCUAUUGAAGCUAGAGCAAAUAAUGGUAUGACACCUUUACACCUUGCAGUUUGGCACUCAUUAAGAGCAGAAGAGUUCUUAACUGUGAAAACAUUGCUUGAACAUAAUGCAGAUUGCAGUGCUAAGGACAAUGAGGGAAUGACGCCUUUGAAUCAUCUUUCGCAAGGCCCUGGAAAUGACAAACUUAGGGAACUAUUAAACUGGCAUCUUGAAGAGCAGAGAAAGAGGAGAGCUAUUAAAGCGUGCAGCGAAACCAAAGCUAAAAUGGAUGAACUUGAGAAGGAACUUUCAAAUAUUGUAGGUCUUAAUGAUCUAAAAAUACAACUACGAAAGUGGGCGAAAGGCAUGCUUUUGGAUGAGAGGCGUAGAGCACUUGGUCUGCAUGUUGGCACAAGACGACCUCCUCAUAUGGCCUUUCUUGGGAAUCCUGGAACAGGUAAAACUAUGGUAGCACGCAUCCUUGGAAGAUUACUCCAUAUGGUGGGAAUUCUACCUACUGAUAAAGUGACAGAAGUACAACGGACCGAUUUAGUUGGCGAGUUUGUUGGUCAUACCGGUCCGAAAACCAGGAAGAAGAUCCAAGAAGCAGAAGGGGGAAUUCUUUUUGUCGAUGAAGCUUAUAGACUGAUACCUAUGCAGAAAUCAGAUGAUAAGGACUACGGGUUGGAAGCCUUGGAGGAGAUUAUGUCCGUCAUGGACAGUGGAAAAAUCGUAGUAAUAUUUGCAGGCUACAGCGAACCAAUGAAACGAGUAAUAGCUUCUAACGAAGGCUUUUGCAGACGGGUGACUAAGUUUUUUCAUUUUAUCGAUUUUAGUUCAGCGGAACUAGCAACAAUUCUUCACAUCAAGAUGAACAAUUUAGCAGAAGGUAGUUUGCUAUAUGGAUUUAAGUUGCAUUCCAAUUGCAGUAUAAAGGCCAUAGAAGCAUUGAUACAAAGGGAAACAACCGAAAAACAACGUAAGGAAACAAACGGCGGUUUGGUAGAUACCAUGAUGAUUAAUGCAAGAGAAAAUUUGGACCUAAGACUUAGCUUUGACUGUAUAGAUACAGAAGAACUUCUUACCAUUACAUUGGAAGAUUUAGAAGCAGGUCUUGGCUUUUUAGCACAGUAACCAUUCUUUGGCAAUUAGGUGUUUUGGAUUUUGGAGGAAUUCAGAUUGUGUGUAGUCAUGCAGUUUGGCACAUUGAUGGCCUUCGGAUCAAGAUCUGAUAGUGCAUAUUUCAAUGUGGAGUGUCUAUCUUGAUUCAACGAUCACCAAUGUGUCUGAUUGCACGACUGCGCGAGACUGUGACUGCAUACAACUCAGAUCUAUUGCAAGUUUGCAGCUGCACAAUGAGGAGCCUGUCAUGAAUUGAGUUUGCCAUAAUAGGUGGAUCCUUAUUUGUGAAGGGUUUUGUGUAGUUCAUUAUGUUAUAUAGAUUCUAUUGAUGCACUUUGCUUUUUUUUUUUUUUUUUUUAAUUAUUUUUUUAUUACUGGCCUUUCAUUGUAUUCUUUGUAUGUUAUUCAUUCUUAUAAGGCAGUAAUAGUUCUCUCUUUUAGUUUGUGGCUGUCCCUAAGUAUUUUAAUUAAUUAUUUUACAUUUAUGGUUUGUUAA